GUGUUGGUUUGUAAUUGAGCUUUAAUGGUGGCGGAUGUAAUUUUAUGCUAUAGUAGCCUGUUCUGUUUCUUUUUCAAUGUUAUUACUCAGCAGCUUCACAUGCACCUAUCCCUGCAUGCUGCACCUCCUGCUCCGUGCUCUGGAGUAGCGUAUGGGAGAGAGGAGCUCUUCAUCCAUCAGUGAAGAGAGAUCCCGUGCUCUGUUUGCAAGUGGAGCAAAGCAGCAGCCUAGCUGGUCAUCACUGCAUCUUCCACUGUUGCUCACACUUGUGGUUGGAAUCAUGAAAAUGCAGGCCAGUUAAAGAAGAGGACAUUGAAAUGAGCUUCUCUUGGGCUUAGGAUUGGGUCAGUUGAAAUCUGGAUGAUGCUUCUGGCUUGGCUGUGGAUUUUGAAGUACCACGCUGUGCAUUUCCUGUGUGUUGUUGGGAAAUCACCUUGUUCCCUUUCUCACAUGUUAUGUGAACCUUGCUCAUACUGUUGACAGAGGAAAGUGAAGAAACAGUCUGACUUUGGAAAUGUUUUCAGCCAGACGUAAGAAAUGCUCUUAGCUGAUGUUAGCAUUGAUUUAUGGUGGAAACACCUGACAGGAGGAGAGAAGGUGCUUUGCAGAACUAAUUCAGCUGGAUAUUGGCACUUAAGUUGCUUCGAGGUGAGCAGGAUUUUGGCUUGGUUUUGGUUUGCACAGGUUGAAACUUCCUUAUCCCUGCUUGAUAAAUCCAAGUGAGGAUUGUAAGAACUUGUUUUUCACUUUCUUACACGUGGCCUUGACUAAAAGCAGCAACCACCCAUUGUUUGGUCAUCAGUUCUUUACCUAUUGGAUAUUUUAAUUGCUGUGCAUCAGGUUAAAGCUGUAAAGUUGGGGAAGAUGUCUUGCAGUUCAGUUGCAAUGGAUUAAAGCACAGAGCUGAGCGCAGUUCUUUGAGCCACACCAGCAGCAUGCUUGUUAAACGGGAUGGUUGAAAAACAAACUUCACUUCCAGUGAGAGUUUCCUGCAGUGCCGUGAGGAGCAGCGCUGGGUUUUGCUGUGCUUCGUGGGACUGGUGGACAAGCACAGCACCCUGCAUGCUCCCAGCAACCUGCACUGCUGCAUUUCUCCUUGUUUUGCAACCUGCACUUUGCUAUGAAGAUUGUUUGUGGUGAAAACAACUGUCCCAGCAGUAUCUUGCAGACCUCAGUCGUGUGGGAACGGGAUGUGAGAUGCAAGCUCAGCUAAACUAUUGGCUGUGCAGAGGAGGAGGGUUUCUUGAAGAUCUCCCCUUACUUUGAGCUAUAUGGAAACUUCUCAAACAAGUAACAACAGUGGAUUUUCUCCUUACAGUCUGUGGCAAGGGAGAAGAGCAGCAGAGGUAGAGCUUCUCAUGCUGUUGUUUGUCCACUGUAGUGGUGGCAUUGCUUUUUCCCUUUCCUACCCACCUGUUGGUGCCUGCAGGGAGAACAUCUUCCAGCACAUUGUAACUGCAUUUCAAUUGAUUGUAUUGAUCUGAUUACUGAAACAGGCUGGACUUAAUGAGAAAAUUAAUCGUUGAGAUAGGAAAAGUCAGGUCUAACCAAGUGAUGUGGAGAUGCAUCAAGUGAGUAGGAGGCAGGAUGGGACUGAAGGAGCAGAAGCAGCGCAACUCAGUGCCCAGCCUCGAGAUCCUGGUGCUUUCUGAACAGCUUGAGAGCAAUGAAUCCAGCUUGCUACAACAGCACAGCAGAAGAGAAGAUGCUGAUGUGACAUGGCAGCAUGAUGGCACCAUGAUGCGCAGCUGCUCUCUCAAGGCUGACUUAAGCAUGGCACAGUUGCAGGAUAUGCCACAGCCAUAGUUACAGAUGGUGGAUGGGAAAUCGGGUUUGGAUAUCUUGAGCAGUUCUUACAAUGCUAGGAUUUUCACUGAGCAAAAAAAAAAGUUAUGAGUCUUUUGAAGCAUGUUUUCCCUUUCUGUAUUUGGGCAGGGUGUGCUCAUAUUAGGCCAAAGGUGCACACUUGUGUUCUGUUGGGAGAAAUAGGUUAAAUACUGAAUGCUGACGUGUUUUGAGGCAGGGUGACUGCAGCCUAACAGUUUUGGAUAGGAGGGUUUGGGGGAGAAGUUGCUGACAGUGGCUUGGGCUUCCCAAGGUUCCCAAUGCAAGCACCGUGUGCUGCCCUUACCAGGAAGCUUCCCAAAACCACCACUGGGUGAGCACCUGGGGGAAUGAACAUCCUGAGGAAGGAAAGCAGCAUUGGUUCUCAUCAUACAGGGACGCUUACCCCUGUGGUGAGGAGUGAGCUGCUGUUCCCACUGUCAGGAUGGGAAAUGGGGGCAGAACCCAAGAAGCACUGCCGUUAUCUGGUGGUGACAGCAGUUCUGUCAAUGCAGCUGGGAGAGAUCCCAUCCAGCAGAAAUGUCCCUGCCACUAAAACCCACCUGUGGGCGCACACUGAGUGCAGCCAGUGCCAGCAGCACACACUGUGGGGUCCCAAUGGCAACAAGGACAGGGAACAAUAUGCCAGCCAGGCUCUCGUGUUGGCUGAAGGAAGGCUCUGCUGAGCCCCUGGGCACCCUAAAUAGAGGUGCAGGGAAACCAUGGAGUCAGCUUUGCUCCAGUUCUUGUUAAAAAUACAGAGCUGGGGAACAAAGGAUUUUUUUCUUUUUUGGAAGAGACCUGAAGAAAUAGCCUGGAAGAGGCAGUUAGAGGGGAGCAGGGGUGUGUGUGCUGGCACCCUCAAAUAGCUGAGCUGCAGCCCAGUGCUUGGUAAAUGGCACAGCAGCAGGCAGAGCUGGGUGCUGGAGCAGGAGGCAAGGAGGGCAAGCAACACUUUGAAAGACUGGAGCAGCUUUGGGCAGCACUUGUCCCUGUGCCCCCUGCAGCUCACAUGUGUGGCGUUUCCCAAAGCCUCCUGGCCGCUGGGCAGGUGCCACGUUUGCUUUUGCACGACCUUAUAAAACAGAGGCUUGGAGGCUUUUCUGCUUCUCCCCGGGGGCUGAAAGCUGCGUGGCUCUGCCUCUCCCUCAUGCACCUUUCGCUAUGGCCGGCCUGAACGUUUCCAUCGCCUUUUUCUUCCUGGUGCUUGGCACGUGUGAGGCGCUCAGGCGGCUCUCCAAGAGGCUGCUGGCCCCGGGGCUGUUGGGGAGCCUGGCUGCAGAGCUGGCUGGCUCACUACAGCUGUGCUCGGGCUGCCUGGAGCUGAGGAUGCUGCUGGAGAUCGGCCCGUGGGGCGGCCUCGGCCCCGACGUGGUCCUGACUCUGCUCUUCCUCCUCUUUGCGGUUCACACCGCCGGCGCGAAUGGAGCAGCUGCCAACCCCACCAUCUCUCUCCAGGAGUUCCUUCUCUUCGAACACGGCUCUGUGGCUACUGUGGCCAAACUACUGGCCCAGUGUGCGGGUGCAGGGAUGGGCUGGGCCCUCACCAAGAUCUACUGGUCCUGGGAGCUGACGCAGCUCCACCUCUUCCAGAACAUCAUGGCUUCUGAGUGCAGCUCCUCCAUCCACACGUCCCCCCACCUCGGAGCUCUGGUGGAGGCCGCCUGCUCCUUCUUCUUCCACCUCGUCCUCCUCAGGAUGCGCCGCAGCCCUGCCGUGUGCCGAGUGCCUGUCCUGGCAGCCACUGUCACCUUCCUGACCUACGUAGCUGCACCGGCCACGGGAGCCUUCUUCAACCCUGCCCUGGCCACUGCCAGCACCUUCCUGUGCGCGGGGAGCAGCCUGCGGGACUACAUCCAGGUGUACUGGCUGGGGCCCCUCACAGGGAUGCUCGCCGCCCUCUUGCUCUACCAAGGCAACAUCCCAAGGUUCUUCCAAAAAAACCUGCUGUAUGGCCAGAAGAGCAAAUACAAGAUACCCAAGGCCAGGGUGACGCAUGCAGAAGAUGGAGAGCAGCGGCAGACGGGGAAAAGAGAGAAGAGCAACCCAACGCCUCGUGCCUGAGCCCCUCUGCUGGGAGCAGUUCUGGCAUGGAGCAUUUUGUACACCCUAAAAGCCUACAAUGCCAGUCGUGGGGGGGAAACUAAUGUGUUUGCAGAAAUUACUGGUUGUCUGGUGUACGCAGGAAGCUUGCAGAAACUCAGGACCAUUGCGUGGGCAUGCUUGGGCAACUCCCAGGUGGUUGCAUCAUGCCAUGUUUGAAAUAAUCCGUGUGCGUCUCUUACAGCCAUAAAAACAGUGUAAUAAGUCUUGGAGAGUUGGGAUGAAGAGGAAACUAUCUGUAAUGUUUGGCAUUAUUUGAGCUCAACCGAGGUCCCUGAAUUGCACAGCUCAGGGACACGUCUUUAACAUACUCUGAAAUUCACAGCAGCAGGGCACAGCACGCCCUGCUCCCCCAGUGUGAUUCUUAGCCUGUGUUUUGCAUGCAGCUGGGAGCUGCAAGGUGACAAUAAUGGGUUCAUAAAGCAUCUUUGGUUAAAAUAUGUGGCUCUGGUAUGCGGUGCAGGUGGGUGUUUGCAUGCAGACCCCUGCCAGUCCCAGCCCUGGGCUGCUCUCUGGCUAUGUGAAAUGUCUCUGCUAACACAGCGCUCUGUGAAAUAAACGUUACAGUUGGCACUAA